AUGACCAGAAUAAUUGUAAACAAAAAACCGAAUGACAAACCACGACUUUAUUAUAAAAAACUACUUUACUUCGUAAUAGUUUCGGCUACUAUUGGUGCGUUUGCGUUUUCCUUGAUUUACAAUCAUCUUUUCAAAUCAGAUCUAUCAUUUUUACUAAAACGCAACAUACUUAAUGAUAACAAAAUAACACUUGAUUUUUCGGAAAAUAACGAAUUCCGCAAUGGUGACACUGCAACAUUCAAUUCUUCAAAAAAUAACAUACCCAAUGGUGACACAACAACAUUCAAUUCUUCGAAAAAUAACAUACCCAAUGGUGACACAGCAACACGAGAAUUCUCGAAAAAUACUAUAUUCAGUGCCGAAAUAGGAAUAUCCUAUUUACGGCAAAACGAACAUCCAUAUUCUUCCAAAUUUCGUUGUACUGGAGCCGAAAACGAUAUUGAAGCAUGGAAAGAUCGUCUUUGCGUAUUUUACAAUACCUGCUAUAACAAAGAUACUGAUCGAUUUCAUUAUUUUCGAUUAUCUCAAAGUAAAGCAAAACCAAUUUUUUAUGAUUCAGCAAAAGGUAUGUUAUACGAUUUCAAUACGCAUCGUAAAAGUAAUGCGUUUGUGUCACUUUCAUCGGGUGGGGAUACACCUUGGGCACCAGUUAUUUCUCAGGAAACAUAUCCAUCAAAAGACCUCACAAGACUUCAUAAUUUACAUAGUCUAAUGACAACUCGCUUUGCUGAUGGCAAUCUGGGACAUGGUCUCUGGGAAGAUUUCGGAUCUAUCUCGUAUUCGAUGGAACGAAUGAAUAUAGUUGAUCGACAAUUAGUUAUUAUGCAUUUAAAUAAAAGGGAAAAUACGAGUUUAUUCCGCACAUAUCAGCAAUAUGUAAUACCUGCAUUAACAGAAAAUCCUAUGGUCGAAUUUGAAGUUUAUAUGAAAUCUUUCGAUACCAAAUAUGUAUGCUUUGAUACUUUAAUUGUUGGAGGGCAACUAAGUGUUUUUCCUAAACCACAAAUAAAAGAAAAUCAUGGACGUGAAGCACUUUUCUACAACUGGAGAUCCAAAAUUAUAGAAUAUAACGGAUUGAACCCUAAAUUUGUGCCGAAAAAGCAUCAUAUUAUCAUUACUAAUAAAUCUCAAUCCAUAUUUACACAUCCUGGUUCAAAGAGACAUCGGACAAUUGUGAACUUGGAAGACGUGGAAAAGUUCGUCAGAUAUACUUAUCCGAACAUAUCUACUGAAGUGAUUGAAUGGCACACUAUUCCAUUUGAUAAACAGAUUGAGAAGUUGUUACAUACGACUAUUUUAAUUACACCAUGUGGUGGUGUGUCAUUAAUACUACCGAUGUUACCGCAUGGUGCACAUGCAAUAGUAAUGGAUUAUUACGUUAAUGUACCAGCCCAUGGUUUUCUACGUCGUGAAAGUGCGUCAAUGGAGGGUGCAUUCUUAAAUCAUAUUUCUCAUGUUCGAAAGCAAUAUUAUCAGAUCUACGGGCGAAAAGAUUAUAAAUUUGAUUUUCCAGGUGGUAAGAAUGCUCGAGAUGAUGCAUCUAUUAUUGUAAAUAUGGCACGUUUACAGUUACUAAUAGAUAAAGCUUUAGAAGAAAUGGAACUUUAG